AUGUCUGCGUCGUCUAUGUAUUCACCAUCACCGCCAAUGGAUCCUUCCAUGCCCGGAGCACCACCAGAGAUGCAGCAGCGCAUCACCAAGUGUUUGAACGAGCUCUCCGUCGUUGCCCACGAGAUGAAUUCUCCAGACGUCGAGCUCGCCCAGCUCGGCAAAGACCUCCUGCUCCUCAUAAACGCCCUCGAGAAUAUGCGGCAAAUUAACAGCCGCUCGUUCUACAACAUCCUUGACUACUUCGAGGACAAGUCCGUUAGAAGCAAAGCUACCAGCGAGCAGCUGGCCCGAAUGGGAGCCCCCAUCCAACUCUGUCGAGAGCUCAUUCCACCAUUGCCAUUCGAACUAGAUAGCAUGUUGGCUCGGUGCUCUUCUCUUUUGGCUCGUGUCCAGGAAACGCCGUACGCUCAUGUACUUCAGGAGAGCACGGUGAUCAUCAGGGCCUACGCCGACAACAUCGAAUACUAUCUUGCGUCGUUUAAACUCUUCCUCAUCGAUCUCACAUGGUCGACGUCCGAAAGUCCCCCCGAACAGCAUGCCAAGCACAAGGAUCGUGCGGGUCAAGUAUACUUCAAGACUUCCAACGCUCCUGUUAUCGCUCCGGGUGUGAACAAGGUCGCUACCAAUCCCGCUCCGACCACCAAGAUCACAACCACCAAGACUACGAAGACGCCUCUGGGUCCAACUAAUGUCUCUAAUGUCUCCAAAAGACGACCCCAAAAACCAAAGACAACCAUUGGUGUCAAACGUUCAAAAGAGUCAAUAAUGAAUUACUUUACCCCCGCCAAUAAAAAGCCUCGUACCUCCGACAAGGAGAAUGAUAACUAG